AUGGAUAUGCAGCAUUGUCACUACUUGUACUGUGGCCCGCGAGCACUGACGCUCAUUCUUCUCUUGCACAUCUGCCUGUCGCUACCAAAUGAAUCUUGGGCCGGAUAUAAUGAGAAGAAACUUCUUCACAAGCUAUUAGAUCACUACAACGUUCUAGAACGCCCAGUCGCCAAUGAAUCUGAUCCUCUUCAAUUAAGUUUCGGACUGACACUUAUGCAGAUUAUAGAUGUGGACGAAAAGAACCAGCUCCUUAUAACAAACAUUUGGCUGAAAUUGGAAUGGAACGACAUGAAUCUAAGAUGGAAUUCUUCAGAGUACGGUGGCGUAAGGGACCUGAGAAUUCCACCUCACCGGCUUUGGAAACCAGACGUACUCAUGUACAACAGUGCCGACGAAGGGUUUGAUGGGACUUACCCGACCAAUGUUGUUGUUCGCAACAAUGGAAGUUGUAUGUACGUCCCUCCGGGUAUUUUCAAAAGCACCUGCAAAAUAGACAUUACCUGGUUUCCCUUCGACGACCAAAGGUGCGAGAUGAAGUUUGGAAGCUGGACGUACGACGGACUACAGCUGGACCUCCAACUCCAGGACGACGCGGGCGGAGAUAUUAGCAGUUUUAUUACGAAUGGCGAAUGGGACUUGCUGGGCGUCCCAGGUAAAAGAAACGAAAUUUACUACAACUGCUGUCCUGAGCCCUACAUAGACAUCACCUUCGUAAUCAUAAUAAGACGCCGCACCCUCUACUACUUCUUCAACCUGAUAGUUCCGUGCGUCCUCAUAGCUUCAAUGGCCGUGCUGGGUUUCACCCUGCCUCCGGAUUCCGGCGAGAAGCUGUCCCUUGGAGUGACCAUCCUACUGUCCCUUACCGUGUUCCUCAACAUGGUCGCGGAGACUAUGCCGGCCACUUCUGAUGCCGUACCGCUGCUGGGGACGUACUUCAACUGCAUUAUGUUCAUGGUCGCAUCUUCCGUAGUAUCGACUAUCCUCAUCCUCAACUACCAUCACAGGAAUGCUGAUACGCACGAAAUGUCGCAGUGGAUACGAGUAGUAUUUUUAUGUUGGCUGCCCUGGAUCCUUCGGAUGAACAGACCAGUGGAAAACAAUGACUUUCCUUCUCCUAGUCGCCCAGUAUCAGCAGAUAGGAAGCCUAUUCAUUUUCCCGACGUGGAGCUAAAGGAACGCUCCUCCAAGAGCUUGCUAGCCAAUGUGUUGGACAUAGACGAUGAUUUUAGGCAUAAUUACAGGGGUGGAGGCACCCCAACACCAUUACCACCAGCAACCUUCUUCCGUACUGUGUACAGGCAGAACGAGGAGAGCAGCAACGGGGGUGGUCCGCGGAUGCACGAAUCCCUCGUUUCGAACCAUUCCUGCAUCAGCGCGGACUACGAACUGGCCAUGAUCCUGAAGGAGAUCCGUUUCAUCACCGACCAACUGCGCAAGGAAGACGAAGCCGCGAACAUAACUAGAGACUGGAAAUUCGCGGCUAUGGUGGUCGACAGACUGUGCCUUAUUAUAUUCACGCUGUUUACGAUCAUCGCCACGUUAGCGGUGCUGUUUUCUGCGCCCCAUAUCAUUGUAUCGUAG